CGCCUUCACAUUUCACUUGUCCGACUGUGGCCCGUCUGGGAGCUCUCGAGAGCAGAUGGGUGUUCUUAGCGCGACCUGGCGUGACCUCCAGGUGGGUGCGCUCGCAUUCCCCUUCCGUCCGCCUUGUUUCGGGGCAACCGACUGCUCACCUGCCCUGUGAGCCUCGCUGCAUUGCUCACAACGGCACCUUGCACCAGGACACAUUGCUGCUCCGCCGCGCCGCUGCGCCCCCUGGUUCCCCCUCUCGCGGUCCGGCCGCUCUGCGGGCCUGCUACUCGAUGCUGCGCGCUGUGCAUAGUGGCUGUGAGCGCUGCCUCCCCCCUCCCUGCGCCCUGCUGCCGGCGCCGCCAUGAGCGGGGCUGCGCCUCCCCCUCUCCCUGCCUCUGAGCCAGCCUCCUCCACUGCUCCCGUGUCCGCUGACCUCAUGCCGGGGCGCCCCUUCCGCAGUGGGCUGCCCGGAGGGGCCGACCCGGGCCAGUGGCACGAGGAGGACCCUGCAGCGCACCCCGCAGAGGACCCCCCGCAGGCCCUGGACGGCGAGCAGGUGCAGGCGCGCCUCAAGGUGGCCACCUGGCAGCGCCACACGCAGGAGCCAGCCCCCCACCCCAACGGCGGUCCCCCUGCUGCCCCCCCCUUGGCGCUGCUCAAUGGCGCUCCUGCAGCCCCUGACGGUGGCGGCCUCAGCAAUGGGCGAGGGCCGCAUGAGAGCUCCCCUAGCACGGCCGAACUGUCCCCCUCCUCCACUCUCGCCGCCUCCUCCCCGCAGCACCACGGCGCCGACCUGCGCCUCUCCGACCACACGCGGCGGCUGGCAUCCGUGCGGACAGUCGGCGUGCGGGCAGCUCGCCCCCCCGAGGCGGUGACGGCGGCCCUGGCUGAGUGUGAGCGCGCGCUGGCAGCGGCGCACGUGCGUGAGGCGGAGCUGCAGCGCGAGACGCGCGUCCUGGCCGCACGCCUGGCGCACCUGCGCAUGGCGCACGAGGUGCAGGCGGGCAAGCUGGCGGAGGCGGCCGGGCGCGCGGUGGCGGCGCGGCGUGAGGUGGUAGUGGAAAAUGCUGCGCUGGCCAGCGCGCUGGCGGCGGCGCAGCACAGCACGGCGGUGUAUGCGCAGCAGCUCCUCCCGCUGCUCGCGCCGCACGGCCUCACGCCGCCGCCGGGCGACCCAUCCGCCGUGGCCGCCGCGGUGGCCACCCUCGUGGACCGCCUCGCCUCCGAGAUCAACCUGCUGCAGAAGGUGGUGGCGGGCGGCGGCCCUGUUCUGGAGCAGCGCCUGCACGCCGCUGUCCUGGACGCUGCCGCUCUCCCUGCGCCCCUCGCCCCGGCCCCCGUGCCGCCGCCCCCCAUGCAGGACGUGCGUGGCAGCGCCGACAGCUCCCUCAGCCUCGCCACCGGCAUUGGCCCCGCCCCCCCUGCGGGUCCCCCCCUCUUUCCUGGUGGCACCUGGUCGCCCCUCCCGCCGGGCGCGCACCCGCCCGCCCAGGCCGCCAGUCAGCCCUCGUCCCCACCCCCUGCGGAGCUGCGCUCGCCGACCGCGAGCGCUGCCCCGCUGGGGCGGCCCCCUGUGGAGGAGGGGUCCCCCGGGCAGUGGUCCCCCGGGGCGAGCGGCG